GAAAACACAUACGCUCAUUACCAUCAGAUCAUCGUCAAAAUCACAAAAAUGGCGAAGCAAAAGAUUGUGGUGAAGGUGAUGAUGAAGAACCACAAGUCGCUUCGCAAGGCUUUGCAGAUCUCCGCCAGUGUUUGCGGGGUGGAAUCAGUGACGCUGCUGGAUAAAGAACGGAUAGCGGUGACCGGAGAACAAAUUGACUCAGUUCAACUAACGUGUUCGCUAAGAAAAAGAGUAGGGCACACAGAUCUAGUAAGUGUUGGUCCGGUAGAGGAGAAGAAAACCGUCAAACCGAUCUCCAUCCCCGAAAUAGUGCGGUAUGAGUACGUUUAUCCUGAACACCACUGCUGGCAUACCGCGCCAAUGCCAUUACUGGCUGUCCAUGAAUUCCCUUCCAACAUUUGCAGCAUCUUGUGAGAUUUCCAUCGAUCAAUUGAAACAAAGUGAUAGAAAUCAAAAAUAAAUUCAUUAAAGGUAAAUUCGAAUUUUGGUUUGAUUUUUGAUUCCCAUGCAAUAAAUGGAGAGAACUCCAUCUUCAAUCAUAUGUUUGUAUGUAUGAUAAGUAUUAGCUGUACAAUACGAGGCUCCAUUUAAUGAUCCUGACAUUUUGUAUUUACGAUUGUUUGGUAUCGUAGGUUAUGUUGGUAUCAAAAUUGGAUUUCGGAUUCGUUACU